AUGAGUUCCCAAAAUAGCUUCGUCAAUGCUUCUGUGAACUCCAACACUGUCAGCACAAGCGCCGCCUCUGCAGUUCGAUCGCGUCCUCGCCGCCUGGUCUCUUUCAUGGACGAUGAAUCCGACAACGCGGUUGUUAAGAGCAACAAUAACUCAUACAAUGAAUCGCAACCGCUUGCCUCGGGCACAACGCUGUCCGCGGAUAUCGGGACGGUUCGUUCCCGCGGUGCAACCCCCUCGCCUCUGUCCUCUCGCGGCACAUCACCAUUACCAAUGACACAUCCUUCCCGUGUCACCGAAUCUGCAUACCGUGGUCGUAACGAUACAAUAUCACUUGGGUGGAAUGGAUCAUCAAAAGCCUCGUCCUCGCGAGGGGCCGCCGAUUUUCUGGACUCGCCCUGGUCGUCACUUCAGAACCUGGCAUCAUCGGUAUUAGGGAGUGACGCCGGACAGGCUACACUAAACAAUGUGAAUAAGACACAUACACGGAGGAAGCCAUCGCGGUCAGACUUAUAUAUUCGGAGUAUCCCGAGGUCAACGCCCUCGGCGUGGGGCCCAUCAGGGCCUUCGACCCCGGAAAUCGGAACUGGAACCAAGGAGGAAAGACAGGCACUAGUACAGGCGAAGAAGCGCGAGGCGCUUCUUCUCGCCGACUCCGACCCGAUUACAAGCCGCAACUUUCGACAUAAGAAACGCGAUUCGGGGGAUUAUUUUGAUCAGCCGCUGAACCCAGAGCACGAUGAAGAGGCGCUGGCCUAUAUUCACCAUGUGCAGGCCACGGACAGCAUCACGGGAGUGACCAUCAAAUAUGGCUGUCAAGCUGCGGUAUUUCGAAAAGCGAACGGGUUCUGGCCGAAUGACAACAUUCAGUGCAGGAAGACGGUCCUUUUGCCAGUAGAAGCAUGCACGGUGAAAGGGCGGCGGAUCCAUGAGGAGCAACCGGACCUCUUGGGUAGCGAUAAUGAGGAUCCGAAUGACAGCUCUAUUGCACCUCCGGCGGGCUCUACAGACGAUUCGACACCAGACCAUACAAAUCCUGGCUCUUGUGAAUCACAAAUGAAUCGCAUCUGGAAGCACGAAUACUGGGUGCAAAUAGACGGAUUCCACUCAAGAAUAGAGAUUGGCCGCGUUCCUCGGAGGGCUCUAGGAUUCUUUCCUCGCACUCGUCGGAAAUCCGUGUCCUACUCCGACGCGGAGCCUUCUUUCGGCUCUUCUCAGGACGUGACAAGAAGUCCGUCCCCAGCUGGAUCCCCGUCAAUCGGUUCAUCUCAGAGCGUUCUUCCCCGCAUUCGAACUCGCGGUGAUCAACCCAAGCCGCGCCCUGCGCACCCCAUGCGCCCACAACACCGCCGGCAACGUAGCAGCAUCAACCUGUCUGGUACCGGAGUUGGUACCCUUGACCGCGAUUCCACCGCACCGGGGCCUGCAAUGGACGGCCUCACCCAGUGGUUCUCUAAACAUGUGACCUAUCUUGCCCCGCCUGCACCCCAACAAAAUAACCGAAAGCUGUCUUUCGGUUCCGAGUCGACUGUCACAUCCAACACAUCCGGUCUUGAAAAUAUCGGUGGCGCCCUCGAGGGCUGGGUCCGAAAGGUUGCAACACGCGCCAAAGCCGGCAUCAACGACCUCCAGCAAGCCAACCCAACCCAACAAACCGGAAGUCGAGGCCGUAACACCGGACUGUGGGGCAUGGGCGAUCUCAUUGAGAUGGACGAUGCAUCCGAAGGCCGCAGAUCGCCCAGCGCAUUCGGGACCUCCCGCCGACCUGACCUGCAAAGCACGUCCUCUUCCUCCGCAUUCCAGACCGGGGCCUCCGCGUCCUCGACGAGCAGGUCUCGCGCGAAUGGUCUCGGAACAGGCUCGGGGUCGGGGUCAACUGACCGUCUAAAAGACGACUGA